GGUGGGCGGGGCUUUUCGCGACCUCACUCUCUACUUCCGGGGCGCAGGCGACGUAGUAGCUGCAUCUCUUCCAGCUGCGACACCGGGAGGAUUUUGCGCCUUCUGCCGCAUACCUGUUCUUCUACAUUUGUCUGCCUCGGCCAACAACACUGCCAUGAACAAGAAGAAGAAGCCGUUCCUGGGCAUGCCCGCGCCGCUCGGCUACGUACCCGGGCUGGGUCGGGGUGCCACUGGCUUCACCACCCGAUCAGACAUUGGGCCUGCCCGGGAUGCAAAUGAUCCUGUGGAUGAUCGUCAUGCCCCACCAGGGAAGAGAACUGUGGGGGACCAGAUGAAGAAAAAUCAGGCUGCUGAUGAUGAUGAUGAGGAUCUGAAUGAUACCAACUAUGAUGAGUUUAAUGGCUAUGCGGGGAGCCUCUUCUCGAGUGGGCCCUAUGAGAAAGAUGAUGAGGAAGCAGAUGCUAUUUAUGCAGCUCUGGAUAAAAGGAUGGAUGAAAGAAGAAAAGAAAGAAGAGAGCAAAGGGAGAAAGAAGAGAUUGAGAAAUACCGAAUGGAGCGUCCCAAAAUCCAGCAGCAAUUUUCAGAUCUCAAGAGGAAGUUGGCAGAGGUCACAGAAGAAGAGUGGCUGAGCAUCCCAGAGGUUGGCGAUGCCAGAAACAAACGUCAACGGAAUCCACGCUAUGAGAAGCUGACCCCUGUUCCUGACAGUUUCUUUGCCAAACAUUUACAGACUGGAGAGAACCACACUUCUGUGGAUCCUCGACAAACUCAAUUUGGAGGUCUGAACACACCCUAUCCAGGUGGCCUGAACACUCCGUACCCUGGUGGAAUGACACCAGGGCUGAUGACACCUGGUACAGGGGAGCUGGACAUGAGGAAGAUUGGCCAAGCAAGAAAUACCCUGAUGGACAUGAGGCUUAGCCAGGUAUCUGACUCAGUGAGUGGGCAAACUGUUGUGGACCCCAAAGGCUAUCUGACAGAUCUAAAUUCUAUGAUCCCAACCCACGGAGGGGAUAUAAAUGACAUUAAGAAGGCACGGCUACUUCUCAAAUCUGUUCGAGAAACAAACCCUCAUCACCCACCAGCUUGGAUUGCAUCAGCUCGCCUGGAAGAAGUCACUGGAAAGCUACAAGUGGCUCGUAACCUUAUUAUGAAAGGGACAGAGAUGUGUCCCAAGAGUGAAGAUGUCUGGCUAGAAGCAGCCAGGUUACAGCCUGGGGACACAGCCAAGGCUGUGGUGGCACAAGCUGUCCGUCAUCUCCCACAGUCUGUUAGGAUUUACAUUAGAGCAGCAGAGCUAGAAACAGACAUUCGAGCCAAGAAGCGUGUUCUUCGGAAAGCCCUUGAGCAUGUUCCAAACUCUGUUCGAUUGUGGAAAGCAGCCGUUGAGCUCGAAGAGCCUGAAGAUGCUAGAAUCAUGUUGAGCCGAGCAGUGGAGUGCUGUCCCACCAGCGUGGAGCUUUGGCUUGCUUUGGCAAGGCUGGAAACUUAUGAAAAUGCUCGCAAGGUCUUAAAUAAAGCACGUGAGAACAUUCCUACAGACCGGCACAUCUGGAUCACAGCUGCCAAGCUUGAGGAGGCCAAUGGGAACACUCAGAUGGUGGAGAAGAUCAUUGACCGAGCCAUCACCUCCCUGCGGGCCAAUGGUGUGGAGAUCAACCGGGAACAGUGGAUCCAGGAUGCUGAAGAAUGUGACAGGGCAGGGAGUGUGGCCACUUGCCAGGCAGUCAUGCGUGCAGUAAUUGGUAUUGGGAUCGAGGAGGAGGACCGCAAGCAUACCUGGAUGGAAGAUGCCGACAGUUGUGUGGCUCACAGUGCCCUGGAGUGUGCACGGGCCAUCUAUGCCUACGCCCUGCAAGUCUUCCCCAGCAAGAAGAGUGUGUGGUUACGAGCUGCGUACUUUGAGAAGAACCAUGGUACCAGGGAGUCUCUGGAAGCACUCCUGCAAAGGGCUGUGGCCCACUGCCCCAAGGCAGAGGUGCUGUGGCUCAUGGGUGCCAAAUCCAAGUGGCUGGCAGGGGAUGUGCCUGCAGCAAGGAGCAUCUUGGCCCUGGCCUUCCAGGCCAAUCCCAACAGCGAAGAGAUCUGGCUGGCGGCUGUGAAGCUGGAGUCAGAGAACAAUGAAUACGAGCGAGCCCGGAGGCUGCUGGCCAAGGCACGGAGCAGCGCACCCACUGCCCGUGUGUUUAUGAAGUCUGUGAAGCUGGAGUGGGUGUUGGGGAACAUCACUGCUGCCCAGGAACUGUGUGAGGAGGCUCUGAGGCACUAUGAAGACUUCCCCAAGCUGUGGAUGAUGAAGGGGCAAAUUGAAGAGCAGGGGGAACUGAUGGAGAAUGCACGGGAGGCCUAUAAUCAGGGGCUGAAGAAAUGUCCUCACUCCACACCACUGUGGCUCUUACUCUCCCGGCUAGAGGAAAAGAUUGGGCAGCUAACUCGUGCUCGGGCCAUUUUGGAGAAGUCUCGUCUAAAAAACCCAAAGAAUCCUGGGCUAUGGUUGGAGUCAGUGCGGCUGGAGUACCGUGCAGGGCUGAAGAACAUUGCCAACACACUCAUGGCCAAGGCACUGCAGGAGUGCCCCAAUUCUGGUAUCCUGUGGUCUGAAGCUGUCUUCCUUGAGGCAAGGCCCCAGAGAAAAACCAAGAGUGUGGAUGCCCUGAAGAAAUGUGAACAUGAUCCCCAUGUGCUUUUAGCUGUGGCUAAGCUGUUCUGGAGUGAACGAAAGAUCACCAAGGCACGGGAGUGGUUCCAUCGAACUGUGAAGAUUGACUCAGAUCUGGGAGAUGCCUGGGCCUUCUUCUACAAAUUUGAACUUCAACAUGGCACUGAGGAGCAACAGGAAGAGGUGAGGAAGCGCUGUGAGAAUGCAGAGCCCCGGCAUGGAGAGCUGUGGUGUGCUGUGUCCAAGGAUAUCACCAACUGGCAGAGAAAGAUUGGGGAAAUACUAGUGCUGGUAGCCGCCCGUAUUAAAAACACCUUCUGAUAGCUGCGAUGGAGGACAGGGCACUUUGGGGCAGCACAUGGACAAUGAACACAAAGCCUACACUGUGUAUUUUUCAUUCAUUAAAGAUUUUUAUAGAGUUA